AUGUCAGACAGAGAAUCACUCCUCUCAAUGGGCUUUGACCCGGCUAGGAUCGACUGGGCAUUGAAAGCCACCAAGAAUUCGGGAUUGCAGCCCGCGAUGGAUCAUCUUCUUGAAAAUUCUGAAAAACCCAUCCCUGAAGCUGUCGAGGCGGAAGAAGACGAUGAGGAAGCUGUCAAAGCUAAUAUCAAGAAGAUCGAGAGUGGAGCAGUAGACGACUCAGACUUGGUAGCAAGAUCGAUAAAGUGUAGUGAAUGUGGGAAAGUGUUUCGGUCAACUGCCAAUGCAGAAUUACACGCAGAGAAGAGUGGUCAUGAUCAGUUUGAAGAAUCUACAGAUGAGAUCAAACCGUUGACGGAAGAAGAGAAAAAAGCGAAACUUGCUGAAUUGAGAGAGAAAUUAGCUAUCAAACGUGCUGCUCAAGCUAAAGUGGAUGCUAAAGAUAAUAAAGCGAAUGAGGCAUUACGAAGGAAAGCAGGGCAAGAUAGUGGGAGGAUCAAAGAGGAGAUGCAAGCUAAGGAAUUACAGAAACAAGCCGAACAGAAAAGGAGAGAAAAAUUGGAAGAUCAAAGAGCAAAAGCAGCUAUCAAAGCUCAGAUCGAGGCUGAUAAAAGGGAACGAGCUGAGAAGGCCGCUCGAGAAAAGGCUUUACGAGCAGGUACAGGUACAGGUACCCAAACUCCACCUGCUCCUGUGGCAGUAGCCAAACCAACAGCUGGAGUUAGUAGUUCGGACAAUCCUCAGACUAGAUUACAGGUCCGAUUGAGUGUUGGUGGUCAACCAUUAACGAAAACUUUCCCAAGUGAUAAUACCCUGAUAGACGUAGCUGAAUGGGUAGCAUCGGAGAAUUUGGCUUAUAAUGUUGAUACAGUCACGUUCGCUUCGACUUUCCCUCGUAAGACAUAUACAAGAGAUGAUAUGAAGAAGACAUUGAAAGAGAAUGGAUUAACACCUUCAGCAGUAUUAAUGGCUAGUUGA